AUGCCUUCAGAAGACAGCUCCCAGGAAUCGACAAUCAAGGCGGCCGCGGAGAAAUCCGAGCAGCCGUCAUCAGAGAAUGCCUUGAUGGGCAGUGGCGCCCAAGAUGCAGAGCAAAAUACAGCUCAAGAAAAUCCGGAUAGCAAGCCGGACGAGUCCUCUCCGGACGAGUCUCUGGGAUGGCCAAGGCUGCUGUGUAUCGGAGUUGGGCUGUGGUUCGCCGUGUUCUUGUACUCUCUUGACCAAACCAUUGUAUCCAAUGCAAUCCCGAGCAUCACGGACGAGUUCCACAGCACAUCGGACGAGGGUUGGUAUGGAAGCAGCUACCUCUUGACAACGUCGGCGUUCCAGCUAUUCUACGGCCGCAUCUACUCAAACUUCUCCAUCAAGUACACUAUGCUGGCUGCCAUCUUCAUCUUCGAGCUCGGGUCCCUGAUCUGCGGCGUCGCCCCCACAAGCAACGCCCUCAUCGCCGGCCGUGCCAUUGCCGGCGUGGGUUGUGCAGGUAUAGCUGCGGGCGCCUACAUCAUCAUCGGCCACGUCUUCCCCCUCCGCGUCCGGCCCAUCUGCAUCUCCUCCAUCGCCAUGGUGUUUGCCGUCGCUGCUGUCCUGGGUCCAGUCCUGGGCGGCAUCUUCACUACCGACCUGACGUGGCGUUGGUGCUUCUACAUCAAUCUGCCCUUUGGCGGCUUUACCAUGGCCGCCCUCCUCUCCGUCCGCCUGGCCGAGAAGCUCAGGAGGAUCGACUUUGGUGGCCUUCUGAUCUUCAUCCCCGCCAUUGUCUGCCUCCUGCUAGCCCUGGGCUGGGGCGGCUCGACCUAUGCCUGGGACAGUGGCCGCAUCAUCGCCCUGCUUGUGCUCUUUGGUGUGCUACUUAUCGCCUUUGUGGCCUUUGAGUACUGGAGGGGCCCCGAGGCCACCUUGCCCAUCCACAUCAUCACCCAGAGGAGUGUUGCCGCCGCCGCCUGGAACGCCUUCUGCAACGGAGCCGCCUUCUUCCUCCUGAUUUAUUACAUUCCCUUCUGGCAGCAGGUCAUCCGCAACGCCAGCGCUGCCUCGUCUGGCGUCAGCCUGCUCCCUUAUGUUCUGGGAGUCGUGGUCAUGGCCAACCUGGUCGGGUUUCUCGUCAUGAAGUUUGGAUAUUAUGCCCCAUUCAUGUUGCUCGCCUCCAUCAUCGCACCCAUCGGAGAGGGGCUGAUGACAACCUGGACGGUCAAUACAGGCUUCUCCAAGUGGGUCGGCUACCAAGCCCUGACAGGCAUGGGCCUUGGGAUGGGACAGCAGCAGCCCCAGGUCGCGAUCCAGACUGUCCUGCCCAAGGCUGACAUCCCGGCCGGGGCCUCCAUCGUCGUCCUCGUCCAGUCGCUGAGCGGUGCCAUCUUCAUCGCCAUUGGGCAGGCCGUUCUGCAGAACAAGCUCGUGCAAAACAUCGAGGCUGCCCUUCCCGGCAGCGGUCUCGAUGCCUCCGUCCUCUCCACCGCGGGCGCCACCAAGCUGCGAUCUAUGGUGCCCCCAGAGGACCUACAGGCAGUCCUGGUAGCCUACAACAACGCCUUGACCCGGGUCUUCCUGGUUGCUGUGGUCAUGUCGUCUCUCACAAUCAUUGGCAGCCUUUCGGUUGAGUGGAAAAGCGUCAAGAAAGCCAAAAAGCAGCAGUCUGGGCAAGAGGCUGGGAAGCAGUCUGAGAAGCAGUCUUGA